AUGGCGGAAAUUGCUUUUACCAGGCAACUUCAUGAAAAGGCCUCUGAUCUAAGCUAUUAUUACAUGGGGUUUUAUAUUCAUUCAUGCCCUAAAAUGCGAUAUAAGGGACAGUAUAGACCUUCUGAUUUACUAUGUCCAGAGACAUAUACUUGGAUACCCCUUGAGCAGUGUCUGCCUUCUCUUGAUCGUUCAAAAUAUUCUCGCCUCAAUCAAGACUUAAAAGUAGCUGAUGAAGGGAUGGUGAAGGAACUUGAUCAAGUUCAGAUUCUCCAUAAGAGAACAGUUAUGCCUUACAGGGUGUAUAAGAGAAAUCGGAAGGGACCAAGCGAUGAAGAAACUGUACAGCAGUAUGCAACUCUAGUGGGACAGGCAUGUUCGGAGAGGAUGUUGCUUUUUAGAAGCUGAAUAUUCAUUCUGUAGAUGUUCCAGAAUGAUGUUUUAUCAUACCACUGCAAGAUUACGUAUAUCUACAGUUUUCUGUUGUUAUGCCUAUUGAAAACAGACAUGCAUACUCUGUAGCUUUUUCCACAUAGAAAUGAACAUGUUGACAAACUUUAAUAUAAAACAUGGUUUUUGAGUCUUUAUAUUAAGGGUUUGGCAGAAUAUUGCAAUGACUGACUUCAUUAUAUUAAUGCCUUCUUAGAUUCUGAAGUACGUGCAUGGAGUGAGUAUAAAAGUGAGUGGAAGAUUUUGUGGAGUGGGGGGAGUAGCAAUUUGUAGGUAUUUACUAAGAAUAUUUAAAAACAUCUGGGUGAUCAAGCUGUUGUGAAAUGUAUAAAUAUUUCAGAAAUUUUAUAUUUUCUUUGACUACUAUGAAAUAAUCAAAUAAGUAUUUUGUUCUAAUAUUAUUUCAGAAUUCAGUUAAAGUCAAGUACUUGGAAGUAAGCCAAUGUUUUGCACUAUGCUUCACUGACAGAACCCAACCUCUGACUAGUAAAAUUGGUGUAUAAGAUUGCUAUUAUAUGAUAUAAUAUAAAGCCAUCUAAUGUAUAUCUAUGCACUGUAUCUUUCAAAUUAUUCACUGCAGUCAUUUAAAUGUUUGCUUUAAAUAACAUUUAUAUAAUUGUAUUGAAAUAACCAGGAGGUUUAGUGAUUUAGGUUUUUUGUAAUUAAAUUGAUACUUUGGGAAAUAUUGGAAUUGAAAGAUAGUUUUGUUUAUCAAAUUACCAAAGAAAUUAAUUUAAAUAAGGUAGAUUGAAACUGUAUAUUGAGGUACAUCCCAUUUUCUCUUUUUUUUUAUUCUUAAUGUUUAUAUUGAUUGCAAUAUUCAGAAAAUCAAUGGCAACACGCCAUUAAAAAAUCCUUCAUUUGUUACUGAGUACUUUUGUUUUAAAUGAAUAUUCAGAACUGUUGAUGUUAUCCAUUAGGUGUCAGAAUUUUACUCUGUAAGAUUUCACAAAUUCUGUAUUUUAAGCUGUAAAAUAAAAGGCUAUGAAAUGCAACAUAA